AUGGAAGAUGUGCUGUCCCGAGCCUGGGCACAGGUGAAGUGGGAGGAAGAUAUUGCUAGCCGUGCCAAGGCUCAACCAAAGCAGGACCAAAGGUCAGCCCGAUCAGAUCGAGGAGACCGAGAGGAAAGAUCCUCCCAAAAAGGAUCCAAGGACUCCGGUAUUAGAAACCGGGGCAGGUUCCAGUACCGGCCUCAAGAGAAGGAAGAAGGAAUGUCGGUAUCUACCUGGCCCGAUAUCUCUCAUCUCUCAAUAUCAACACCAGAGCUGGUCAACGCACUGAGGCAGAUGGGCCAACAGGUUAAGUGGCCUCCAAAGAUGAAAGCACCGGAUUCGUUCUGGAACCCGGAAUUCUGGUGCGACUUCCACCGCGAUCAUGGCCGCAAAACCGAAGACUGCAUCGCCCUAAGGAUCGAGGUCAACGAAUUACUCCAAAAGGGACAUCUCCGAGAAUUCCUCUCAGAGAAAGCCAAGGCCCACCUCAGCAAAGAAACAGCAGGGAACUCCAAAGGAGCUGCACCAACCUCACCACCUCGCCAAAAUCGGGUGAUCAAUGUCAUAUCCGGAGGCUCGGAAGUAAGCGGAGUAAGCCACGCAGCCGCAAAUAAAAGUACCCGUAACGCUAAGCAUGGUCUGGAAAUGACCCAAUCGAAGCUCCUACUUCUAGGCACCGAUGAGAUAAGCUUCACAGUUAAGGAGCAAGAGAAGAUCCUAGCUCCCCACCAUGAUGCCCUAGUUAUCUCUCUCACUGUAGUGAACUGCUUGGUGAAAAGAAUACUAGUAGACAACGGCAGCUCAAGCAACAUUAUCUUCCAGAGGGCGUACCAAGAUCUGGGGCUGGAGGAGAGAGCCCUGACGCGAAAGGUAACCCCACUCAUCGGAUUCAGCGGCGAUGUCAAGCAAACCGCCGGAGUGGCUAUCCUCCCAGUAUACACUGAAGGAGUCAACAUGUCUACCAAAUUCCUGGUCGUAGAUUGCCAAUCAGCAUAUAACAUGAUCUUGGGACGACCCUGGAUUCACGACAUGGGAGCAGUCCCUUCAACCCUUCAUCAGAUGGUGAAGUUUCCUACACCCUGGGGGCAUCAGAGUAAUCAGGGGAGGCCAAGAGAACUCUCGAUCCUACUACCAGACCACCCUGAAGGGGAAGACCAAGGUCUUAUAGCAAUUACAGAGAAAACCUCGGACCCCUCGGACCCCGCGAACCCCGGGAUCAGAGGUCAAUGA